UUAAAAUUGAAUGAAACAAGUAUAAGAAAAUGAAUUCAUAGCCGAGUCUCUCCACCGCUGCGGAUGUACUCUUUGUGAAUGAUUUGUGCUCUUGUUUUCUACUCAGAUUCAUUCCCCUACUUCAAAUGGAUUUAUUCAGGAAAGCAAUUCUGCAUCCAGGGCCGCCUCAAGAUUUCGCUCUCCAGACUGUGCAGCAAGUAAUAAAACCCCAGAAGCAAGUGAAACUCGUUCAAGAUGAAAAUAUGCUGUUGGAGAAUAUUCUGCGGACUUUGCUUCAAGAACUUGUGUCAGAUGCAGUUCAGUCAGGUGAGGCAAUUAUGCUAUUUGGUCAAUCCAUAGCUGACGAGGAUGCACGUCCUGGUCAAAUUCCUCGUCUUCUUGACAUUGUAUUAUACCUCUGUGAGAAAGAACAUAUUGAAGGUGGCAUGAUUUUCCAGCUUUUGGAAGAUUUGACAGAGAUGUCUACAAUGAGGAACUGCGAAGACAUUUUUGGGUACAUUGAAAGUAAACAAGACAUUCUUGGCAAGCCAGAGCUCUUUGCCAGAGGGAAGCUUGUUAUGCUGAGAACAUGCAAUCAGCUACUUCGUCGUCUAUCAAAGGCAAAUGAUGUUGUGUUCUGUGGACGAAUUAUUAUGUUUCUUGCACAUUUUUUCCCAUUAUCAGAACGUUCAGCUGUCAAUAUCAAAGGAGUUUUUAAUACAUCAAAUGAGACCAAAUAUGAAAAAGAAGCCCCAGAAAGUAGUUCUAUUGAUUUCAACUUUUACAAAACCUUUUGGAGUUUACAGGAAUCCUUUUCCAAUCCUGCUUCUCUUGCUUCAACCGUUGCAAAGUGGCAAAAAUUUACUUCUAGUUUGAUGGUUGUGCUGAAUACAUUUGAGGCUCAACCUCUAAGGGAUGAAGAGGGCAGUGCUAUUAACCUUGAGGAUGAAGCGUCAAACUUCAGUAUAAAAUAUCUCACCAGCAGUAAUCUAAUGGGUCUAGAGUUGAAAGAUCCAAGUUUUCGAAGACAUAUUCUGGUUCAGUGCCUUAUUUUGUUUGAUUACUUAAAGGCCCCUGGAAAAACCGAUAAAGAUUUGCCAUCAGAUACAACAAAAGAGGAGAUAAAAAAUUGUGAAGAACGAGUGAAGAAGCUUCUAGAAAUGACCCCCCCUAGGGGGAAAGAAUUCCUUCGUAGCAUUGAGCAUAUUUUGGAGCGUGAGAGAAAUUGGGUUUGGUGGAAGCGCGAUGGUUGCUCUGCAUUUGAAAAACCACCUGUGGAGAAAAAGCUAGCUCAAGAUGGUAGUCGGAAGCGUCGUCCUCGGUGGAGAUUGGGAAAUAAAGAACUGUCGCAGUUGUGGAAAUGGGCUGAUCAGAACCCGAAUGCUCUUACAGAUCCUCAGCGUGUCCGCACUCCUGCCAUCAUGGAUUACUGGAAACCGUUGGCUGAAGAUAUGGACGAAUCUGCUGGAAUAGAAGAAGAAUAUCAUCACAAAAAUAGCCGAGUAUAUUGCUGGAAAGGUUUAAGGUUUUCUGCCCGGCAAGAUUUGGAAGGGUUUUCAAGAUUCACUGAACAUGGCAUUGAAGGGGUUGUUCCCUUGGAACUUUUGCCGCUCGAGGUGCGAUCAAAAUAUCAAGCUAAACCAGGUGAUCGAACCAAACGUGCCAAGAAGGAAGAGACAAAAGGUUCCACGCAGCAAGUCGAAGACACUCAGAUUGCGACUCCUGCUAGUGAGACCGAGAUGGAUGGGGGCAGAAACGAUGGCGAGGGCGCUACAGGUGAUGGAAGUAGCGUAAGUGGUGAGGGUGAUGAACAUCAGAAACACAACUCUGAUACUGACGGUGGUUUGGAAGCAGGCCAAAUUGAAGGAGAUACAGACUUGGAUGUUGUAGCCUAGCCUAUUACUUGCACUAACUAAAUCUAUUUUAGAUUUACUUCAUUAUGUUUUUUUGGCCAAUGUUGUAUCUUACUAGAUGGACACUAUUAUACAUUGGAUUACUUGCCAAUAUUAACAUUUUUUUGUCUGAA